GAUAAACAUCCCUUUGUCUCUCCUCUCUCUCUUUCUCUUACCGUUCAUCAGAUUCUGUGCGUCCGAGAUUAUCUUCGAUCCGAUCGACGGCGGAGGACCUGAAUUCGAGUCCGAGCAGAUCCGAUCGACGGCUAUGACUCGCCGUUGUUCUCACUGCAAUCAAAAUGGCCAUAACUCACGUACAUGUCCGAAUCGCGGUGUUAAGCUCUUCGGUGUCCGUCUCACAGAGGGUUCGAUCCGAAAAAGUGCCAGUAUGGGUAAUCUCAGCCACUACUCGGGCUCUGGGUUGAGCGGGCUUGGCGGAACCGGGUCGAACAAUCCUGGUUCUCCCGGUGAUGGCCAUGACCACGGCGUCGGCGACGGUUACGCCUCCGAGGAUUUCGUUCCUGGCUCUUCUUCUAGCCGCGAGAGGAAGAAAGGUAACCCGUGGACAGAAGAGGAGCACAGGAUGUUCUUAAUGGGUUUACAGAAGCUGGGGAAAGGAGAUUGGAGAGGUAUCUCCAGGAGCUAUGUGACGACGAGGACACCUACUCAAGUUGCAAGUCACGCUCAGAAGUAUUUCAUCAGGCAGUCUAAUGUCUCUCGCCGCAAGAGACGUUCUAGUCUCUUUGAUAUGAUUCCUGAUGAGUUAACAGACGUUAUGGUGGAUUCUCAAGAACAGCAAGCAGAGGACGUUCCUAUGGAAACACAAAUGCAGAGCACUGACUCUGUUCCAGCGCCAUUGAUCCUGGAAACAGAGGAGUGUGAAUCCAUGAAAUCCACCAACUCUAGUGCUGAGGAGCCGCCAACUGUAACAGCUUCCUCUUCUUCUUUCACACCAGAAGACACCAUCCAAACGCAGCUACAAGUACAACAACCACCUGGUUCUUUCCCUGUGCUGUACCCGACUUACUUCUCACCAUUCUACUCAUUCCCCUUCCCGGUAUGGCCUGCUGCGUAUGUCACCGAGCCGGCAAAGGAAGAGACUCACGAGAUACUCAGGCCAACAGCUGUGCACUCAAAAGCCGCCCCUAUUAAUGUUGAUCAGCUUCUUGGCAUGUCUAAGCUCAGCCUCGGGGAGUCUAGCCAAAACGGUGUAUCAGAACAGUCUCUUUCAUUGAAACUCGUCGGAGGUUCGUCUUCGAGGCAAUCAGCCUUCCAUCCAAAUCCAGCCAGUGGUGGUGGUGGUUCGGACAUGAACACCGUGAUUCAUGCUGUCCAAAAAUCUGCCUGAUGCGAUGGUCUCCCAGAUUUUUAGCUGUAGCCAAGUGACUCACUGUCAUUAACAUGACUAGCAACAAACAACAAUUUGCAGACAGAUUCCGGGGCUGAGCUCUCGGAUUAGUUCUUUAUAUUAACUUCAAAAAUAAAGAUUGUUUUAAUUGGUUUGUUUUUAACUGCUUAGUUUCAGCCUUGUUUAUUAGGGUGGAAAAGAAAAAGAAGAUGAAUGUUAUUGGCCUUUGCCUUUC